GGGAGUGCUACGCCCGCCAGAGGACCCCGUCGGCCUAGCCUGACCCAGCCCGGCGGAACACGGCGGAACGCCACGGCGCCUUUCUCCGCCACGCCCUGACUUGGCUCAAUAGAACGGAAUCCGCGUGCAGAAAAGCACGCCGCAUGUUUUAAUUGCAAUUAUUCUAAUUAGACGGCUAGACGAGUAUUGCUCCCUUCGUUCGCGGCCUCAUGCUCACGACGGCCCACCCCGCCCCGCCCCGCCCUAUCCCGCCGCGCCCUGCCCUACCCCACCACACCCAGCCGCCCCACAGGCAGGCAGGCACAUCGGCCGACAGUUCGCAGCGCUCGCUUCGCCCGCUUCGCCGGCCGGUCGGCGCACUACUCCUCACGGCAAGACGGGCAAGACAGUCCUCGCGCACGCACCGGGCACCGCCACAGUCACCGCCAUGGCCCCCAGGAAGCAGGUCCAGGUGCAGUCCCCGGACGUGGAGUACGGCGAGGAGGCCAUCCUGGCGCGGGUCCAGUACGAGACGGCCCUCUGCCAGCGUGACGGCGACGCUGUGGUGGUGACGCCGAAGCGGCGGCGGCUGGAGGUGCGCACGGUGCGGCGGCCACACCGCGUGGGCGCCAUGCUGGUGGGCUGGGGCGGCAACAACGGCACCACGCUGACGGCCGCCUUGCUAGCGAACCGCGCGGGCCUGCGCUGGGAGACGCGCGAGGGCGAGCGGCGCGCCGACUGGCUGGGCUCGCUCACGCAGAGCGCCACCCUCAAGCUGGGCAUGGACGCGGAGGGCCGUGACGUCUGGGUGCCGCUCAACACCAUGGUGCCCAUGGUGGACCCCGACGACCUGGAGGUGGACGGCUGGGACAUCUCGGGGCUCAACCUGGAGGACGCCGCGCGCCGCAACCGCGUCCUCGACGUGGAGGUGCAGCGCGCCCUGGCGGCGCAGCUGCGCGAGCUCAAGCCGCGGCCCGCCGCCUUCAACGCGGCCUUCGUGGCGGCCAACCAGCAGGAGCGCGCCGACAACCUCCUGGCCGGCACCACGGCCCAGCAGCUGCAGCGACUCCGCGAGGACAUCCGCGACUUCAAGCAGCGCAAGGCCCUGGACAUGGUGGUGGUGGUGUGGACGGCCAACACGGAGCGCUUCAGCGAGGUUCGGCCGGGCCUCAACGACACCGCCGACAACCUGCUCGCCGCCAUCGACCGCGGCGACGCGGAGGUGUCCUCGUCCACGCUGUACGCCGUGGCCAGCGUCCUGGAGGGCUGCACGUUCAUCAACGGCUCGCCGCAAAACACGUUCGUGCCGGGCUGCGUGGAGCUGGCGCAGCGGCACGGCACCCACAUCGUCGGCGACGACCUCAAGACCGGCCAGACCAAGCUCAAGUCCGUCCUGGUGGACUUCCUGGUGGGCGCCGGCAUCAAGCCCACCUCCAUCGUGAGCUACAACCACCUGGGCAACAACGACGGCAGGAACCUGUCCGCGCCCCACACCUUCCAGUCCAAGGAGAUCUCCAAGAGGAACGUGGUCGACGACGUCGUGGAGUCCAACUCGCUGCUGUACGCGCCCGGCGAGCACCCCGACCACGUGGUGGUCAUCAAGUACGUGCCCUACGUGGGCGACAGCAAGCGCGCCAUGGACGAGUACACGUCGGAGCUGCUGUUCGGCGGCCGCCACACCCUGGCCAUCCACAACACGUGCGAAGACUCGCUGCUCGCCGCGCCCCUGCUCCUGGACCUCGUGGUCCUGGCCGAGUUCUGCUCGCGGGUGUCCUUCCGCGCGCACGGCAGCCAGGAGGACUUCGUGCCGUUCCACUCCGUGCUGGGCCUGCUCAGCUACCUCGUCAAGGCGCCCCUGGUGCCCAAGGAUACCCCCGUCGUCAACUCGCUGUUCCGGCAGCGCGCUUGCAUCGAGAACGUGCUGCGGGCGUGCGUGGGCCUCGCCCCGGACAGCAACCUGCUGCUGGAGCACAAGCUGUCCACCGACAUCUUCAGCGACUAGGCGCAGCGUCACCGGAGGUGUUUUAUUUUCUUGUGACCUCCCCUUUCCCCACCCCGUCUGCGUAUUCCACGAGAGCGGUGGCGUGGAACACGCACGACGCCGCGCCAACAUUGCCCAGACGCCGGCACUACCCCCCGUGUCUGUACGCCGUGCGGCCGAGCGUGGGGUAGCGCCGCGGGGUAGCGUCGCGGCCCGGGACUCAACCAGGACCAAACGGACCAAAUGGCGCCAAAUCGGACAAGAGCAGAGGCCCUCGGGCUAAGGACUAAAUGCUGGCCUAAAUGCUGGCCUGUGCUGGCCGACGGCUUUCUGUCAAUUCACACACAUCCCCCUCAUUAUUUUUCUUACCCGCCAUUGCUAGCAAUGCACAGUUGUACAUUUGUUCCGAACGAGGUAUUGGAUGCGGUAGCACUGUCCUAUCUACCAGAGCGAAAAAAUAAAAGACAUGUAGAACGUAGCCGGUAUUGAAAUGCUUUAGCCGUGUGUAGCGAUGCAGUAGAAUGAUGUACAGUGUGGAGGAACGAGCACAACAGCCACAACUUGCACGGCUGUGAAGCUCGAAUGCAUGUAAACUUCUGUAAUAUUGUUGUAUCGCAAUAAAAAGCGAAGAUUCGUAAA